AAUAUAAACAAAUAAAGCACUGCAGAAAGUGAAUACCUCUGUGUGUGUGUAACUGUAAACAAUAAAGCAUCAUUCACCAUUGUGUGUGCGGCAAAAGGAAGAAGCAGCAGCAGCAGCAGCAACACCUUCAGCAUUUACUGCGCCGCAGCCUUUUACCGUUGUAGUCAGCAGCAGCAGCAGCGGCUGUUAACAUCCCAAAAAAAAAAUACAAGAACGAGCCCGAGGACAGUCAUCAAUUAAGAGGAGCAUUGGUAGCUCGGGGAUCGACGGUGGAACUGCGGACUUUCAGUUUUUGCGCAGAAUUCGGAACGCAGCGGAGGCGGAAGGCGGGACAAGGCGACGUCAUUGAACGCAGCGAUCCCGGACAACGCAGCCGUUGAGCUGUUGUCCGGGACGGAGAGGAGGCGGGCGGAGGACGGACCACGGACAACACCCACGCAUCCAUUCACAUAGACUGCAAGAUUUAGACGCAACACAAUGAUCUCAAACAAAAAAUCGUAUGCGAUGAAAAUGUUGCAGCUGGCUCUGGCCUUAAGUCUGCUCCAUUACAAUCCGGAUUAUCUGCUCCAUCGCUGGGAUUCGCAGCUGGAGCUGAGCUCCCACGGCGAUGGCUGGGAGCUGGAGAUGCUGCGGUCGGUUCACCGACUGGAUAUGGACCAAAAUCCCUAUGGAAAUAGGAAGGGUUUGAACCCUCGGAUCGAGGAUUUCCUGAAUUUCGAUAUACCCUCCUUGGGUGGCGUAGGAAACGGAGUGGGCGAGUACAAGCUGCCGCAGCACUUUAAUGGCAGCACCUUUGUAAUGAAUCUACACAACACCACCGGCAACAGCAGUGUCCAGACGGCAGCUCUGCAGGAUGUGCAGAGUAGCAGUGCUGCCGGCACACCGAGUACAGUUGGAGGAGCCAGUGCUCCAACCUCUGGUGGUGGAAGCAGUGCCUCUGGCCUGGGCGAAAUUAACAUUGACACCUCAUCGCUGGCCGCUGGAAAUGCCAAUCACUCGUUGCUGCAUCCUGCUCCGGAGCUGGAUAUCUUUCUGUCGCCACAUUUGCUGCAGGAUCAGCGCUCCAUCUGGGAACAGAAUCUUGCGGAUCUGCAGGAUUACAACGAUCUGCCGCUGCAGGCCAGUCCGUAUGCGAAUCUACCACUCAAGGAUGGCCAACAGCAGCCUCCGAAUAGCUCUCAUCUGGAUCUCAGCCUGGCGGCGCUCAUUCAUGGCUUUACAGGUGCAGGCAUGGCCUCACCCUUGAGCAAUGCUGCUCUCAACGACAGCACUCCUCAUCCCAGAAAUCUGGGUAGCCUCACUGUGGAGCACUUGGAAGCAAACAAUUCGGCAGGAAGGAACGAAGACUAUGUGGAGGACAGCUUGUAUUUGGGUCGCCUGUUUGGAGAGGAGGAAACGGAUGAGGAUGAGAGUGAAAUGGCCAGUGGAGCUGCCAAUGCCUGCGAAGUGGAGGGAUUGACUACCGACGAACCCUUCGGCAGUGCCACCUUUGCCAACGAGGUGAUAAUUGGAGAUGAAGAGGAGGAGAGUGAGAUCGCUGAGGUGUUGUACAAGCAGGAUGUGGAUCUUGGCUUUAGUCUCGAUCAGGAGAAGAUCAUCAAUGCCUCGAAUGCCAGUGGCAAUACCGGAGCCAACUCUACCAAGUCGAAGCUGGGGGAUGAGGCCAAGUCCUCGGAUCCCUCAAUGUCCGACACGGCCAUCAAGGAUACCAAUGUCAAUGGCGAGAAGGAACCCGGUGAAACCUCUGUGGACGAUAUUGAGAAGCUAAAAGCUCUGGAGGAGCUUCAGCAAGAUAAGGAAAAGGACAAUGAGAAUCCUCUGGAGGAUAUUACCAAUGAAUGGAACGGAAUACCCUUUACCAUCGAUAAUGAAACUGGUGAAUAUAUUCGCUUGCCCCUGGAUGAGUUGUUGAACGACGUACUCAAGCUCUCGGAAUUCCCCCUCGAAGACGAGUUAUCCAACGAUCCGGUGGCCUCCACUUCGCAGGCAGCCGCUGCCUUGAACGAGAAUCAAGCUCAACGGAUUGUUUCCGAGACCGGUGAGGAUUUCCUCAGUGUCGAAGGAGUGCCAAGCAAGCAGCGACGCAUCGGCAACGAGGACAAGGACAGGGAUCCAAAUAGAGCCGACGGUGAUAGCUUCUCGGUGAGCGACUUCGAGGACCUUCAGAAUUCCGUGGGCUCGCCCCUGUUCGACUUAGAUGAGGACGCCAAGAAGGAGCUAGACGAGAUGUUGCAAUCCACGGCUCCGCCUUACCACCACCCUCACCCCCACCACGGCCAUCCCCAUGCGCAUCCGCAUCCCCAUAGCCACCAUCAUGCUACGAUGCACCAUGCCCAUGCCCAUCAUGCGGCUGCUGCAGCUGCUGCCCACCAGCGAGCGGUGCAGCAGGCCAACUAUGGCGGCGGCGUUGGAGUCGGUGUGGGCGUGGGCAGCGGCACGGGCAGCGCCUUUCAGCGGCAGCCAGCUGCCGGCGGAUUCCAUCAUGGCCAUCAUCAGGGCCGCAUGCCGCGCCUGAAUCGCAGCGUUUCCAUGGAGCGUCUUCAGGACUUUGCCACCUACUUCAGCCCCAUUCCCAGCAUGGUGGGCGGAGUGUCGGAGAUGUCGCCGUAUCCGCAUCACUAUCCGGGUUACUCUUACCAGGCGAGUCCCUCCAACGGUGGUAAUCCGUCGGCUCCCGGCCAGCAUGGUCAGUACGGUGGAGGAGCAGCUGGUGCCGCCCUGCAGCCACCGCCACCACCACCACCGCCGCAUCAUGCGGCCAUGCUGCAUCAUCCGAAUGCCGCCUUGGGCGACAUCUGCCCCACGGGACAGCCCCACUAUGGACACAAUCUGGGAUCGGCGGUGACCUCCAGCAUGCAUCUGACCAACUCGAGUCAUGAGGCCGAUGGCGCUGCUGCUGCUGCUGCCGCCUAUAAGGUGGAACAUGAUCUUAUGUACUACGGGAACACCUCCUCGGACAUGAACCAGGCGGAUGGCUUCAUGAACUCCAUUUUCACCGAUGAAGAUUUGCACUUGAUGGACAUGAAUGAGAGCUUCUGUCGCAUGGUGGACAAUAGCACCAGCAACAACUCCUCGGUCUUGGGUCUGCCCAGUAGCGGACAUGUCAGCAACGGAUCUGGCAGCUCUGCUCAACUGGCGGCGGGACAUCCGCACGGCAACCAAGCCAACGGAGCAGCCGGCGGCGUGGGCCCAAUGAGCGGCUCGGUGGGCACCGGAACAGCGGGCAUGACCACCGAUCUACUGGCCAGCGGCGGUGCAGGUGCGCAGGGCGGCGCAGAUCGCUUGGACGCCUCCAGCGACAGUGCUGUCAGUUCGAUGGGUUCGGAGCGUGUGCCGUCCCUCUCCGACGGCGAAUGGGGCGAGGGCAGUGACUCGGCCCAGGACUAUCAUCACGGCAAAUACGGCGGCCCCUAUGACUUUAGCUACAACAAUAACUCGCGGCUUACCGCCGCCACACGUCAGCCACCGGUGGCGCAAAAGAAGCACCAGUUGUACGGCAAGCGGGACCCACACAAGCAAACGCCGUCCGCUCUGCCGCCAUCGGCUCCUCCGGCAACAGCGACCGCUGCCCAGCCGCAGAGCAUCAAGUAUGAGUACGAUGCCGGCUAUGCUUCCUCGGGAAUGGCCAGCGGCGGCAUCAGUGAGCCAGGAGCCAUGGGACCGGCUCUGUCCAAGGAUUACAAUCAUCACCAGGCCUACGGCAUGGGAGCCAGCAGUAGCGGCUUCCCUGGUGACUACACGGUGCGACCUACGCCGAGAACUUCACAGGAUCUAGUGCAGCUUAAUCACACCUACUCGCUGCCCCAGGGCAGUGGCUCCCUCCCCAGACCCCAGGCACGCGACAAGAAGACGGUGGUGGCCAACAAGACCGCAACGAAGGGAACGAAUGCCUGCAGCUCCAGCAGCAGUGCUGGCGGCAACAGCAGCAGCACCAUGGAGGACGAACACCUGACACGCGACGAGAAGCGCGCCCGAUCCCUGAACAUACCGAUUCCGGUGCAGGACAUCAUCAACCUGCCCAUGGACGAGUUCAACGAGCGGCUGUCCAAGUACGACCUUAGCGAGAACCAAUUGUCGCUGAUCCGCGACAUUCGUCGGCGGGGAAAGAACAAGGUUGCCGCUCAGAACUGUCGCAAACGCAAGCUGGACCAGAUCCUGACUCUCGAGGAUGAGGUGAACGCUGUGGUUAAGCGCAAGACGCAGUUGAAUGCGGAUCGCGAUCAUUUGGAAAGCGAGCGCAAGCGUAUCUCGAACAAGUUUGCAUUGUUGCAUCGUCAUGUGUUCCAGUAUCUGCGCGAUCCUGAGGGAAAUCCCUGCUCGCCAACGGAAUACAGUCUGCAGCAGGCUUCCGAUGGAUCGGUUUACCUGUUGCCCCGGGACAAGUCCGAGAGCAAUAGCACGGCCACAGCUGCCUCGAGUGCUGUGUCGUCUGCCGGCGGCCUAAGCUUGAAUGGCCACGGGCCAUCCCAGCCGUCCAUGCAUGGCCACCAUGGCCAGCACGGAAUGCAGGCGCAACAUGUGGGCGGUGGCCUGUCCCAUCAGCAGCAGCAGUCGAGGCUGCCACCACACCUGCAGCAGCAGCAGCAGCAGCACCAUUUGCAGUCGCAGCAGCAGCAGCCAGGAGGACAGCAGCAGCAGCAGCAUCGCAAGGAAUGAAAGUAUCUGUUGCGAAUUGCCGCAACAAAGAGUUGGUUCACUAGCUUCCAGCGCGAGCAGCAGCAUCGAUCCGAGCAACAGCAGCAGCAGCAACAGUUUGACUACCGCUACGACUUGUUCAACAAUAGCUACCUGUACUACUGAGUGGCAACUCAAUUCGCUGUUGCAACGUUUUUGCUGGCAACAUUCGUUGCAACUGCUGCUGCUUCCGGCCGUUUUGGAGCUGCCUCAUUUGUCGUAUCAUCCCUAGCCCCCAUCAAUGAUUUACUUAUUUAGUCAGCUUGAUUGUUAUUUAUUUUUUAAUUAAUUAACUAGUUGGACUCGUCCAGAGUCUGGCAUGCGAGUCGCAUACAGCCCUUUACUUAAUUUCAAUUUACUAAAAACAUUACUUGUGAUAAAUCCGCUCUUCAACUAAGAACUCUAUAAAGCCUAAAAAACGCAAGCAGACAAACGAUAGAACCGAACACAACAGAGGAACGAAUGUAAUCAAAAAUGUUUGAAAUAAAUUUGUAAAUCGGUAAACAACUCUCACACUCACUACACACUCCAUUCACAAUCAAAGCUCGCCCAUUUCUUAUUAAUGCGUCGUCCAACAAUAUUUGAUGGCGAAGCGGGUUAAAAAAUCUAUAAUACUAGAAUGUAAAAUAUGAAAUCACAGAGAUAAUUGUAAAAAAUAGUGAAUAGGACACAUGUACACACACAAAUCAAUUGUAAAGGUUGCAGAAUAUUGCUGGACAGUUCAUGAAAUACACUCGUAAGACACCUAGCAGUAAGCCUAGCCUAGUAUGCUAUCAUCUAGUGAGAGAUCUACCAUUAGGCAUUUAUCACAAAAUCACAUAAACAAAGCAAACAUAACACAAACUAGCGUAGCACGUAGCGUCUGUAAAUACAUAAAUUAAAGUUAGAUAACCAGUAACCCCAAGCUCUAGGCUAGAAAGCAACUAAGAGAGAGUGCUAACCACACCUCAAGGAAACUCAAGAAAACACAAAAAAUACAAUAAAAGUAAAAAGUAAAAAAAAAAAUAUGGAAGAAACGGAAACAAAACAAAAACGGAAACAAUUGCCCGCGCUAGGGCAGCCCCAUUCAGUGUCCUGGAGCGGGUUAGUCGAUAAGCUAUUAAGAGAUAUUAAUAUUUAAUAUUCUUAAACAUGUCCUACAGCAUAAAGAGUUUAACACUAGGCUAAGCUACAGCUAUGCGAAAUGAUUAUACAUGCAUAUAUACGAUAUCAACUUAAACAGAUCCGCUACGAAAACGAAAUGAAAAUCUAUUGUUAAUAUAGGCAUAUGUAUUUUAAUUGUUGUAAUGAAUUUCACGCCCUUUGAGAGUCGAUUGUCAUCGCAUUCGGAGCUCGCACGAGUCGGAAACGAAAGAUAUGAAAUUCAAUAAAAGCGAAAUUAUUUGUUGUAAAUGAAAAUUUAAAC